AGGAGAAAAAGGUGGGAGGGUGGCGGCUCACUCAGGACCUGGUGGGGGCAGCGCGAUGAGGCGGGUGACCCUGUUCCUUAACGGCAGCCCCAAGAAUGGAAAGGUGGUUGCUGUAUAUGGAACUUUAUCUGAUUUGCUUUCUGUGGCCAGCAGUAAACUCGGCAUAAAAGCCACCAGUGUGUAUAAUGGGAAAGGUGGACUGAUUGAUGAUAUUGCUUUGAUCAGGGAUGAUGAUGUUUUGUUUGUGUGUGAAGGAGAACCAUUUAUUGAUCCUCAGACAGAUUCUAAACCUGAAGGACUGACAGGAUCCCACACAGACUGGCUAACAUUAAAUGUUGGAGGGCGGUACUUUACAACUACACGGAGCACUUUAGUGAAUAAAGAACCUGACAGUAUGCUGGCCCACAUGUUUAAGGACAAAGAUGUCUGGGGAAAUAAGCAAGACCAUAGAGGAGCUUUCUUAAUUGACCGAAGUCCUGAGUACUUUGAACCCAUUUUGAACUAUUUGAGGCAUGGACAGCUCAUUGUUAACGAUGGCAUUAAUUUACUGGGUGUGUUAGAAGAAGCCAGAUUUUUUGGUAUUGAUUCAUUGAUUGAACACCUAGAAGUGGCAAUAAAGAAUUCUCAACCACCAGAGGAUCACUCACCAAUAUCCCGAAAGGAAUUUGUACGAUUUCUGCUAGCCACUCCAACCAAGUCAGAAUUACGUUGCCAGUGUGCAAAUCUCCAGGGGGUCAAGAUGCUCUGUUCUAACGCUGAAGGGGCAUCCCUGAAACAGUGUAAUUUUGAGGAUCCCUCUGGUCUUAAAGCCAAUUUAGAAGGUGCUAAUCUGAAAGGUGUGGACAUGGAAGGAAGUCAGAUGACAGGAAUUAACCUGCGAGUUGCUACAUUAAAAAAUGCAAAGUUGAAGAACUGCAACCUCAGAGGAGCGACUCUGGCAGGAACUGAUUUAGAGAACUGUGAUCUGUCUGGGUGUGAUCUUCAAGAAGCCAACCUGAGAGGUUCUAAUGUGAAGGGAGCUAUAUUUGAAGAGAUGUUGACACCACUGCAUAUGUCACAAAGUGUCAGAUGAGAAUUUUAGGGGCUGGAGAAAGAUGCCCAAGAUGAGAAAUAUUUUGCUUAUCACUUUUCUUUCUCCACCCGCUCAGUUGUCUAGAAGAAAUAACUAAGGGACUAAAAGAAAUUUUAGAAGAUUAUGCUUGUUCUCAGUGGUGCAUAAGGGGGAAAAAAUGCCCUUUUUUCCACAUUCUGAUUAUAAAGGAGAAGCACUCAUAUAAUAGAUAUAGGGAAUCUAGAUUAUAGUGCUGCCUUUUGAAUGGGGUAGGGGGAUUUGCCUGACUUUAUGACCAGGAAUAAUAUCUACUAUAUUUGCUUUUAAAUAGGCAUGAUGUGGAGAUACCAUCUUGGUUUGAAAUGCAUUUGAAGAUUUUAAUUUAUGAAAAGCACAACAUAUGCAAUUAUAUUUAUUGAAUCUCUAGAUGCAGUAUGGAUAUUUAAAUUGUUAAACCUUAUGAAAAUUUUGAAAAGAUUGUUCAGGUUUAUAAAUAGCUUUAGUGAUGCCUCCCCUACUUUAAAUGCCUGUCAAACCAUAUGCAUAUGGUGAGACCACUCCCCAAGACUCUCUUUUCAGGUUCAUUUUUAUAAUGUUUACUUUUUAGAACAAAACAGUAGCUGAAUUAAAGAAAUCUCUCAUUCUUACUGAUUGAGAUAGAGUGGAAGGAAAGACAGAGUUAUACAGAAUUUUCAUGCUGAAAGUACAGUGGAACUCCCAAGAUGGAGGAAGAAUUUACAUAUAGUUACAACUUUUAAAUGAACAUCCUAAAUUGAAAAACUGAAAUUCAUUAUAAGCAAGUUCUGCUCAACACCAGGCCAGGCAAUUUUAUGAAUUUACACUACUAGACUAAUGGUCUCAUAUACAAUCAAAAUAAGCAUAUGAUGAUACUUUGGUACCAAAGAACCAAGGCGCAUCAUUAAUAUUCACUUAAUUCAAAUGCCAAAUAGUUUAAACAGGGCCAGUUUAGAAAUAGGUAUUAAGUUUAAAUCCAUUGCAAUCAAAACUAUAAAAUAUGAAUGAAUAUGGCAAAGUCACCUCUUAGAAGUCAGCAUAAUAUAAUUACAACUAAAGCCCUGCAAUGGGGAAUGAGGGAUUUAAACUGACAAGUUGAUUAUAGCCACCAAAUACAUAAAGAAAUAAAAAUAAAGGUAGUUGGCUGGUCCAGGAUGUAAUAUCAGUCAGCCAGCUCCUGUGGUUCUUUUAUUUACUGUGUUUUAAAACAAAUUUUAGCCCAGUUUUCUUGAGUUAUCUCCCUGUAGCAGCAGCUAUAGGGCCUGUCCUUCCUUACCAAUACCCCAGUGUCCUUACAUCCACCCCAAGAGCAGGGAUGUUAGCUGUGUCCAGAUGGGCUCUGAAUUCUACAGACUCAUCAGUUUGAGGCAAUGAAUCAUUAAAAACCACCUUUAUCUCCUUUGGGAGAAUGAUAUGUCUUUAAUAUUUAUGUAGUUUAUUCUUCUAUACAUACAUAUGCAAAGCUUUCCUUAACAGUAAAGAGUACACAUGCAUAGUGGGAGAUCAGACCUUUACAGAUAAAGGAAAGCAACUUUAGAAAUGAAUUAUUUUCUUUGCUUUAUUAUUUUUACUGAGACAGGGAAGUAUUGUAUUGAGAGAUAUCUAUUUUCAUAAUCAAUAUGUGCCUAAAUUAUAUUUAAAGCAUUUCACUCUGUACUAUAUUUUCAAUAAUUAUAGAAUGUCUUGUUCAUUCACUAAAAGGUACCUCUGUAGGCAUAACCUAAAACUGCAGAAAGAUCUGAACGUGGUAUGCUUAGAAACUGAAGAUUUUGGAUCCAAUGUAUAUUGCAUUAAUAAACGAUAUGAAAUGUUGAGAAGGAGUUUCUUCUCUUGCUUUUGAAGAAUCAGCACUUUCCCUAUUUUACUCAUAUUUCUUCAAUGUGUCUUAAAUGUGUGAGGGUCUGGGUGGAAAAGGAAAUGCAGCACGACAUCUAUUAUGGAUUAGUCUCUUGGAAAGUGCCAUUAAACUUAUUUCUUUAAACAGGAUUAUUUUAUGAUCCUGUUUUUAAAAUCCACUGUGCUACCAACAUGAAGAAACUUUAUUCAUUUUAAACAUAAGAAAAGAUUGCCUUUCAAUAAUUCAUUUAGUUUGUUUGUGUUACUCUCUAGUUGGUGCACAUUACCGGUUAGUUUUAUUAGGCUGGUUAAAUACGUUGCCCCAAAGACAAUUUUCACUUGAAAACUAGGAAAGAGAAUUUUAAGGAGGGAGGAAGUUUUGAAAAUAAAACUUCUGUUAACCCUAGUGAUAGAACAUGCUGUUGGUACACAUAGGUCAAAGCACAAUUGUUAAAGGGAGGGCUAGAAAAAGACUUUAAACGUAAAUUAGCUAGAUUAUCUGCAUUGGUAAAAUUCAGUACUCGAGUAAUUGACUAAAGCAAUACAUGUUACACUCUAGUCCAGUUCCUUUAACUAUAUUUUCAAGGAAAUUAUAGUAGGAAACAUACAUUCAUUUAUUAUCAUAAGUCAAGACUUAAAAUAUUUUCUCCAGUUGUUUAUUUUAUGGAUUGUUUAUACUGUAAAUCUGCCCAUUAAAGUCAACUCUGAGUCUUCGUUAAUAUAUGAAAAACCUUAGAACCUAGUUAAAUGCCCAAGGAGGUAGUGUUUAUACCACUACAAAGAAAAGUGGUUACAUGUUUUUCAGUGUAAAACACCUUAUCUAAGGAUUAAUUCUCUUAAAACCUUUCACAGCCUGAUUAGACAUGACAACAAGAGUUAACCACAAGUUUUACCUGCUGAGAUUUCACAUUAGGGCAAAAAGAGUUUUUGUUUUUUUUUUCCCCAUCUGUCACUCAACAAGAUCACUAAGUCAUCAUUGUUGCAUUUUAAUGAUUUUGAAGUUUCUUUUAAUGUUGAAAAUGAAGCAGUUUUUCCUCUAAGGCUCUAAUUUUCUAGAAAAAAUUUAUGACUAUAAAAUCCAAUUAUUAAAACUCAAUUUAUUAAAUUUAACUCCCUGGUAAAUUGGCCUAUCCCUGGAUAUCCUAACAGACUUCAAAGCUUGUCACCAAAAAGAAAAAAUACAGGUAGUUUGGGUUACUACUUUUUUUAAAAAAAAUACAUCUUAUCAUUAGUAAUAUGUACUGCAUACAGUGUUGUAGCAUGUAAAAGGACCAUACAGACAACUCUCACUAAUUUUCUGAGUAGAAACACUAUCCCCAUUUCCAGGGAUAAUAACCCAGAUGAUCAGAACCUUCCACAAGUGGAGUUAUUACUGCAACUGACAAAAUGCCAACAUCGUCCAUCCUUUACUG